CCGAUUAUCCGUUACGCCUCUUCAGUUCGUUCGAUUUGCCUUCUUUUUCGUUUGACGUUUGCGUUAACUACCAACAACAACAGCAACACGCUCCAGAAUGAACUACUCUCUAUCUAACAACUCUGUAAAACUCUGUCUAUCUAUCUCUCCUCCUUCCAACUCCAAUCUAUCUGUCUGCCGACCUCUGUCUGCGAUUUCCACUGCUGUAAUCUUCUGUCUAGCCUCUGUCCCCUACCCCAAUCUUUUGCUCGCUUCUGUUGUAAAUAACUAUUUUAUCCUAGAAAAAUAAGAAGAAAAUAAGAAGAACACUUGUUUCGUUUCCCACCCGCGCUCUGCGUGAUUGUAAAUGUUCCUUGCUGCGACUUUUGUAAAAAAAACAUUUUACAAUUUACAAAAAAAAACUGCGUUGGAUCACAGAUUAAUGUAAUUGUGUUCGCAAACGUAGUUUGUUUUUUACAGACGCAGAAACUGGAGGUUUUGAAUUUGUCUUUAAAAUUAAAUUUCAUUUAAGUAUUACUAUAUCUUAAAAAAAUAUUAAAAUAAACAAAUUUGUUGCCGUUUUUAUUUUUAUUUGCAAGUCGGACUUACAAUGUUUGUAAUUAUAUGGUAAAUUCCGAAACAAACUUAAAAAAUUUAAGCUAAACCAUAACUUCCAGUUUCUGUACACCUGUCGCAAAUUAAAACUCUUAUUUUUGUCGACCAGUGUAAUUUUGUACAUACAUAGUCUGUAUACCACACAUGAAACCAUGGCAUGUUACUUGUCCUUUGUUCGUUUACUAAUAAAUCUAGCUUGCGCAUGUGUUUUGUCAUUUCAAACUUUAAGUGUGGCGCCCAAGGCUCUAAGUUAUCGCCUUAUCGAUUAAUGGUUGUCCAACACUGGCCAGCUGAUCGUGACCAGGUGGCCACUCCUCGCAAUGGUAAGACCGUCCUCUACUAAAUAGCUCGGUAUUUUUCGCGAUCUGUGGCUGGGGUCACACUAUUGCCGCCAAAAAAAAACAUUUUACUUCCCUCACAAUUUAAACAUUUUUAGAGGCGUAAACUAAUAGUUUAUUGCAAUCGGGGGCAUAUUUUGGGGUUCGGUUAAUCGGGAAAACGUGACGCGCGUUCGAAAUGAGCAGUGAUAAAGUGAAGAACGGCAACGAGGCCGAGGAGUCGGAGGAAUCAUGUGGCGAUGAGUCGGCCAGUUAUACGACCAACAGCACCACCUCGCGGAGCAAGUCGCCGUCGUCCAGCACGAGGAGCAAGCGCCGCGGACGCCGGAGCACCAAGUCGAAGCCAAAGAGCCGUGCGGCCUACAAAUACGACACCCACGUGAAGGAGAACCAUGGAGCCAACAUCUUCGGCGUGGCCUUCAACACCCUGCUCGGCAAGGAGGAGCCCCAGGUCUUCGCCACCGCGGGCAGCAACCGCGUCACGGUCUACGAGUGCCCCCGGCAGGGCGGGAUGCAGCUGCUCCACUGCUACGCAGAUCCGGAUCCCGAUGAGGUAUUUUACACCUGCGCCUGGUCUUACGACUUGAAGACCUCUGCCCCACUCUUAGCCGCUGCCGGAUACCGCGGUGUCAUUCGGGUUAUCGACGUCGAGCAAAACGAGGCGGUGGGCAACUACAUUGGACAUGGACAGGCCAUCAACGAGCUGAAGUUCCACCCGCACAAGCUGCAGCUCCUACUUUCGGGCAGCAAGGAUCAUGCGAUAAGGUUGUGGAACAUCCAGAGUCACGUGUGCAUUGCCAUCCUGGGCGGAGUGGAAGGACAUCGCGACGAGGUGCUAUCCAUAGACUUCAAUAUGCGCGGAGAUCGCAUCGUGUCCAGCGGCAUGGAUCACUCGCUGAAACUGUGGUGUCUGAAUACGCCCGAAUUUCAUCACAAGAUCGAACUAUCAAAUACUUUCAGCCAGGAGAAAUCCACGCUGCCUUUUCCCACAGUGACCAAACACUUCCCCGACUUUUCAACGCGGGAUAUACACAGGAACUAUGUGGACUGUGUGCAGUGGUUUGGCAACUUUGUGCUCUCCAAGUCCUGCGAGAAUGCCAUCGUGUGCUGGAAGCCGGGACAGCUUCACCAGAGCUUCGAGCAGGUGAAGCCGAGCGACUCUUCCUGCACCAUCAUUGCGGAAUUCGAGUACGACGAAUGUGAGAUCUGGUUCGUGCGGUUCGGUUUCAAUCCCUGGCAGAAGGUGAUUGCCCUGGGCAAUCAGCAGGGCAAGGUGUAUGUGUGGGAGCUGGAUCCCAGUGAUCCGGAGGGCGCCCACAUGACCACCCUGCACAACCCACGCAGCGUGGCCACCGUGCGACAGAUCGCCUUCUCCCGGGACGCCAGCGUCCUGGUUUACGUCUGCGACGACGCCACCGUGUGGCGCUGGAAUCGCAGACAGGCGGCUGCCAUCUGAUGGCACAUCAAAGCGCAACCACACACCAAAUCUCACGUGGCCAAAUCUUAUUACAUUUCCCUAAAUUAGUUCCUAGUUGGUUAACAUAAGGUUAGAACUGUCAGUAUGCCUCAAACAAUUCCUAAUAAAUCCAAUGAAUGGUUGUCGAGCCAAUUAUAAUUAUGUAAA